AUGUCGUCAAUUAAUGAUGGGCCUCGUGCCGUCGACUUACCUCUCCCAACUCAGACAAGCCACGCACAUGGCUCUCUCGAAGACCUGUUACCGAGUCACUUCACAGGCGACAUCACAAGAUGGCUCGCUGAAGAUACACCCUCCUUUGACUAUGGCGGUUUCGUCGUCGGGUCUUCUCCCCGUACAGCACAGCUACUCUGCAAGUCUGCGGGAGUCCUCGCUGGUGUACCUUUUUUCAACGAGGUUUUCAGGCAGCUAGACUGCACGGUGGAGUGGCAUCAUAAUGAGGGAUCAUAUCUCGAUCCUAGCAAGAGCGGCGGAAAGAUACAAGUGGCAACAGUUACUGGGCCGACGCGGAAAUUGCUACUGGGCGAGCGGGUGGCAUUAAAUACCUUGGCGAGGUGUAGUGGCGUUGCUACACGAAGUAGAACGAUGCUUGAAUUGGUGCGCGGCGCAGGUUACGCAGGAAUCCUGGCAGGCACCAGAAAGACUACACCCGGCUUCAGGCUUGUUGAGAAAUACGGUAUGUUGGUAGGUGGUAUCGAUGGACACAGACACGACCUGAGCAGCAUGAUCAUGUUGAAAGACAACCAUAUAUGGGCCAAGGGCAGCAUUACUAAUGCAGUCAAGGCUGCGAGAGCGGUAGGUGGAUUCGCACUGAAGAUUGAGGUUGAAGUGCAGACCGAAGCAGAUGCCGAUGAGGCCAUCGAGGCGGGUGCGGAUAUCGUCAUGCUGGAUAAUUUUGAUGGUGAUGGACUGAAAGUCGCAGCAAAGAGCCUGAAGGAACGAUGGAGAGGUAAGAGGAAUGUUCUACUGGAGAGUAGUGGUGGACUUACGGAAGCCAACGUGGAGGAGUAUAUUAAUAAUGAUAUCGAUAUAAUAUCCACGAGCGCUGUCCACCAAGGUGUAUCUCAUGUGGAUUUCUCUCUAAAGAUCGACCAUUAG